AUGGUGCAUGCAACUUCUGUCACAAAAGGUAAACAUGGAGACGAUAAGACACUACUCGUAGAAAAGGGUCAUAGUAAGUCUCAUAGUAACAGUAAGGGCUUAGAGACUAAACAUAACAUUUUCUCGAAACUCAUUUAUAAUAUAGAAAAAGUUGAAGUCGACAGUACAAAUCAUUCGAAAAAGUUAAGAAAACCUAUAGUUGCGAAAAAACCAAUUGUAAAAAAAAGUGAAAUCAAACACAGGAUUGAGAAACCAAUAUAUCCACAGAAGAGACAUCAAGAAAAACAAGACUAUGAACAUAAAAAAUCUCAAGAUACAUCUAACAACUCACGUAACAGUCAUAAAGAAAAAAGUAGCGUUGAUAAACAAUUGAAACAAAAUGAAGGCUCGUCGGUAAGGUAUCCUAAAAUAAUCCAAGCUAUCAAAUUAAAACGAAAUCAUGAAUCUAUUGACAUAACACAAAAUGAAAAACGACCGAUGAUGUCAAGGAUAGUUAAAGCUAUUGAAGUUAGACGACAUCAUGGUAAAAUUGAUGAAAAUCGAGUUGAGGAAGUACCAAUGAUGACUAGAAUAGCAAAAGCAAUUGAAAUAAAACGACACCGUAACAAAGUCGAAGCAAAAGAAGUUGAAGAAAGACCAUUGAGGUCUAGAAUAGUUAGGGCAAUGGAAAUAAAACGAAAUCAUGAACAAAUUGAAGAGAAACCAAAACAAAUUCACGACAGGCCUAUGAUACAUAGAAUAGUCAACAGGGCUAGCUAUCUAGCUAUGGAUAUAAAACCUUCGUUUCAUUUUCAUGAUAAAACAGAAAACGAAUCAAAUCAUAGUCCAGAGAAAUCAAGGAUUCCGUCUAAAAAUAAUGUAGAAUAUAAUCUUAGUACUAAAAUAUGGCAAGUCCUUAGUCAUGAUUUGUUUAAUAGUAGUGAUGACGAUGGUGACGAUAAAUUUAAAGCAACGGAUUCAGAAAUGAAGAACCAUAUCUUAUCUGUUGUAAGAAAAUAUAAUAAAAAAGAAAUAGAUAAAAACAGUCAGUUUUGCGACGAGACGCAGACAAGAGAACAUCCAUCAAGCAGCAGUGCUAGUAAAAAAAAAAUGAAACAAGCUGUAAAAAGACAACUUUGGCAAUGGGCUAAAAAUGCCAUCAAAAAUAAUGAACACUGGAGUAAACUUUUCGCGGAAAAUCAUAUUAUGUUGGACAAUAUUAAUAUUGAUAAACUUGACCUCAGUCUCAUAGACCUAGAAGCGCUUGGAAUAGAAAACAAGAUGUUAAAACGGACUAUAGUUUGGUUGUUCAAGUAA